GGGCCCUCUUGAGGACGGCCUCGCCGGUUUGGCGGGGGUGAAAGGUUGCGAAGAUGGCGACGGCCUUGAGCGAGGAGGAGCUGGACAAUGAAGACUACUACUCAUUGCUGAACGUGCGCAGGGAGGCCUCUUCUGAAGAGCUGAAGGCUGCCUACCGGAGGCUGUGCAUGCUGUACCACCCGGACAAGCACCGCGACCCGGAGCUCAAGUCCCAGGCAGAGCGUCUGUUUAACCUUGUUCACCAGGCUUAUGAAGUGCUUAGCGAUCCGCAAACGAGGGCCAUCUAUGACAUAUAUGGGAAGAGAGGCCUGGAGAUGGAAGGCUGGGAGGUGGUGGAAAGAAAGAGAACUCCAGCUGAGAUCAGAGAGGAGUUUGAGAGGCUCCAGAGAGAGCGCGAAGAGCGCAGACUGCAGCAGCGAACCAACCCAAAGGGAACCAUCAGCGUUGGAGUAGAUGCCACUGACCUUUUUGAUCGCUAUGAUGAAGAAUAUGAGGAUGUGUCUGGAAGUGGCUUUCCGCAGAUUGAGAUUAAUAAAAUGCACAUUUCCCAGUCCAUUGAGGCACCCCUGACAGCUACAGACACAGCCAUCCUCUCUGGAAGUCUCUCCACCCAGAAUGGCAAUGGCGGCGGCUCCAUUAACUUUGCACUCCGACGAGUCACAUCUGCAAAGGGAUGGGGAGAGUUGGAAUUCGGAGCCGGAGACCUCCAGGGGCCUUUAUUUGGUCUCAAGCUGUUCCGUAACCUCACACCAAGAUGCUUUGUGACGACAAACUGUGCUCUGCAGUUUUCAUCCCGUGGAAUCCGGCCUGGCCUUACCACUGUGCUAGCUCGGAACCUGGACAAGAACACCGUGGGUUACCUGCAGUGGCGAUGGGGCAUCCAGUCUGCCAUGAACACUAGCAUCGUCCGGGACACUAAGACUUGCCACUUCACGGUGGCCUUGCAGCUGGGCAUCCCUCACUCCUUCGCACUGAUCAGCUACCAGCACAAGUUCCAGGAUGAUGACCAGACGCGCGUCAAAGGGUCCCUCAAGGCAGGCUUCUUUGGGACAAUAGUGGAGUAUGGAGCUGAGAGGAAGAUCUCCCGACACAGCGUCUUGGGUGCUGCUGUGAGCAUUGGCAUCCCACAGGGCGUGUCUCUCAAAGUCAAGCUAAACAGGGCCAGUCAGACCUACUUCUUCCCUAUUCACCUGACGGAUCAGCUGCUUCCCAGCGCUGUGUUCUACGCCACCGUGGGGCCUCUGGUGGUCUACUUGGCAAUGCACCGUUUGAUCAUCAAACCAUACCUCAGGGCUCAGAAAGAGAAGGAACUGGAAAAGCAAAGGGAGAGCACAGCCAGCGACAUCCUGCAGAAGAAGCAAGAGGCGGAGGCAGCUGUUCGGCUGAUGCAGGAAUCUGUCCGGAGAAUAAUCGAAGCAGAGGAGUCCAGAAUGGGGCUUAUCAUCGUGAACGCCUGGUACGGGAAGUUUGUCAACGACAAGAGCAGGAAGAACGAGAGGGUGAAGGUGAUAGACGUUACCGUGCCUCUGCAGUGCCUGGUGAAGGACUCCAAGCUCAUCCUCACCGAGGCCUCCAAGGCGGGGCUGCCAGGGUUCUAUGACCCAUGUGUUGGGGAGGAGAAGAGCCUGCGGGUUCUGUACCAGUUCCGAGGCGUGCUGCACCAGGUGAUGGUACCUGACAGUGAGGCCCUGAGGAUACCAAAGCAGUCUCACAGGAUCGAUACAGACGGAUAAACUACUUGGAAACCUGAGUGAAAAAAGGCUACAAAAAUAUUCUCCUGGGAGUCUACAAAUUUGGAAGCAGGGGAACCCAGCCAUGAGAUGUUUUUAGUUUAUUCCUCAAGAAGGCGGCACUGUAUCAAUUAUGUGAAGGGACACGCAGACAGCCUAGCUUCGUGGGUGCUGUGGGUAAGGACUGAGGCACCCCACCCUGGCCAGGCCACAGCACGGCCAUCUUUCCCCAAGGAUCAUGUUCCUGGAGGGCAGGGCCCCAGCUGACUAUUUGCUCACCCCUGGCCCUCAUCAUGAGUGGCCAUGCAUAGCAGCUCUCUGGAGUUGUUUGGAACAUUCUACCCUCACUCAUGGGACUGCUCUUCCUGAAGUCCACGCUGCACAUGGAAAACAUGCAAAGGAAGGAAGGUGUCGUGUGCUGCCCAGUAGACGCCCACAAGCCACCUUUCUCUUCUGAAACUUUACAGAGUGGACUGAAGAGGACUGUGGGUUUAUAAAACUGCUUUUUAUCUGAGAACAACGGGUUUGGAAACUAGUCUCUUUCUUCCCACUUCCAGAGCUUCUCAAAUCAUUCCUCCAGGCCCUGGCUUGGGACAGACAGGGGAGACCCCAGGUCCCCGGGUGCACUGUCCAGGCACACUGCCCACACUGCUGAGAGAUCCUGCUGCCAGUGGCCCGCCCCUUCACCGUACACCACAGGACACCUGUCCUGCCUUGCCUGCAGCCACUCUAGAGGAUGGUGUUGGAACGAGGGGAGCUGGGAGCUAAGUCUUGGAGGCUAAAGCCUGGGUGUGGACCCAAGGCUGGCCCAGGUACCUGUACCUCCAGUGAGUUCCCAGCAGGUGGUGUUGUUGCUUGCCAGGCCAGGCCCUCAGGGAGAACCCUCGAAGGGCUCCCAGUUCCCAGACUCUUGUGUUGCACACUUGCUGGGUGUCACUGCUGGUCCUCACCUCUGAGCAGGCGUCACACCAGCAGUGGCUCUGAACGUGGCCCCACAGCAGUAAGUGCUGACGGCGGGCGCUGCCUCCCCGUUCUCAUAAUCCUUCCAUUUUAAAAGCAGCUUGAUCUGUAAUACUUAACUUUUUUUUUAAAGAGGAUAUUUCUUUGCCCCUGAUUGAUGUGCAGUUUGCACUGUUGCACGAGCCCAACUCAGUGUCCUGUGGCUCCCUGGGCACUGCUGCCCCUUCUGUGUAAAGCUGACUGGCAGCACUGCCCAACAAUAAACCUGACCGAAAGCUGA